UCAGCCCCGAGCAACUGGCUGUGCAACUUCAGAGCACGACUCUCUUCUCUCUCGCCAGUUGCAAGCCAGAGGGAAGCGGGACUCGUUUCUGGCUGGCCCGUUCCUUGCACAAUUGAUUCCCACCGUCUUUCUCUGCACCUUCCCUGUCUUCCUCCCAACUGGAUUAUUAUUAUUACCGAGCGAGCUCCCCAAAAGUUCAGGGUGGAUUGCCGUCUCUGAGUCUUUGCGGAGUUAUUAUAUUUCUUUUUUCUUUCGUAUUUUACCCCGUCCCGUAAUGGGGUGGAUUUAACGCUGCUUGGUUUGAAGAGGAGAAUCCCGAAAAGUGUUUUUAUGUUGCUGUACACCGCCCUGACAUUUUGCGGAGGAGAGGCAUGAAGAUUCAGCUGUUGGUGUAAUCGGCAAGCCCAGAUAGCAUGAUGGGACCCACAAUGCUUUGCUUGCUGCUCCUGGCCUCCGUCGCUGCAUCUGAGUUGGAAGGGCACUUUGAUCCAGCUACGUGCCGCUAUGCGUUGGGCAUGCAGGAUCGCGCUAUCCCGGAUGACGCCCUCUCAGCCUCCAGCGCAUGGUCUGACUCGACUGCGGCUAAACACAGCAGGUUGGCGUUGAGUGAGGGCGAUGGAGCCUGGUGCCCUGCAGGACCUGUCUACCCUAAUGACGCUGAGUACUUGGAGAUUGACCUGCGGCGGCUGCAUUUCUUAACCUUGGUGGGGACGCAGGGGCGGCACGCGAGCGGCCACGGCAAGGAGUUUGCCCGCGCGUACCGGCUCCAUUACAGCCGCGACGGGCACCGUUGGAUGCCUUGGCGUGACCGUUGGGGCAAUGAGGUGAUUUCGGGCAAUGAAAAUACACAGGAUGUGGUACUGAAGGAUCUGGGCCCCCCAAUUAUCGCCCGUUACAUCCGUUUCUACCCACGUGCGGACCGCGUCAUGAGUGUCUGCCUGCGUGUGGAGCUGUAUGGCUGUGUUUGGAAAGAUGGCCUCCAGUCGUAUACAGCCCCUCUUGGCCAGGUCAUGCCUCUAGCCCCAGCACCAGUCUACCUGAAUGACUCCACUUAUGAUGGGCACAGCGUCAGCAACUUGCACUUUGGGGGCCUUGGCCAGUUGACCGACGGGGUGGUCGGCCUGGAUGACUUCACCCAGACCAAAGAGCUGCGCGUUUGGCCCGGGUACGACUACGUGGGCUGGAGGAACAGCUCUUUCUCCAGUGGCUUUGUCGAGAUGGAGUUUGAGUUUGACCAGCUCAGAGCCUUCACUUACAUGAAGGUUCAUUGCAACAAUAUGCACACGCAUGGGGUGAGCAUCUUCCGGAGGGUGGACUGUCUCUUCAAGCGUAGCCUGGCCACGGCCUGGGAGCCCAUGCCUGUCUCACAACAACUUGCCGUGGAUGUGAGGGAUCCCAGCGCCCGCUCCCUCACCGUGUCCCUGGACGGGCGGCUUGGCAAGUUUGUCCAGUGCCAUUUUCACUUUGCUGGCGAGUGGAUGCUCUUCAGCGAAGUCGCCUUUCUCUCUGAAGUUGUGGAUGACCCCUCUUUCUCUGCUUCGAGCCGUCACCCUCCAGUAGUGGCCCCACCUCAUCCCUCAGGCCAUGACACUCCCAUCCGGCCGGCCCUUGGUUCUGUGCCAAGCGAGAAAGCUGAUGUCAGCUCAAACUUCACACUCCAAGACCUGGAGAGUCAAGGGGAGCCAAAGUCAGGACAGCCCAUUGCAAAGGAUGAUAACAGCAACACCUCCAUUCUGAUUGGAUGCCUGGUGGCCAUCAUCCUUCUCCUGUUGGUUGUGAUCUUCCUCAUCCUCUGGCGGCAAUAUUGGCAGAAGAUCUUAGGAAAGGCUCAGCGCCGAAUCUCCGACGAUGACCUCACCGUCCACCUCUCUGCGCCAAGCGACACCAUCGUCAUCAACAACACGAUGGGCUCCCACCGGCACUCGAACCGUUACGAGCGCAUCCACUCGGGGGAGACGGAGUACCAGGAGCCCAGCAGGGCCCGCAUGAAACUGCCAGACCUGCCCCACAGUGCCGAGAACUCUGCUCUGCUGCUCAGCAACCCGGCUUACCAUCUCUUCCUGGCCACUUAUGCCCAGCCAAUGGGAAGGCCUGCUUUCCCGCCACCCAACCUGGUUAAGCCAAUCAACACCAAUGCAUGUGGGGCUGACUACAUGGAGCCGGAAACAGCAGGCAACCAGCCAGGCUUCCAGAACAACGUGCCUCAUUACGCUGAAGCCGACAUCAUCAACCUGCAAGGAGUGACUGGUGGGAACACGUAUGCGGUCCCUGCUGUUGCUGUGGACGCUCUUGCUGGCAAGGACAUGGCUCUGGGCGAAUUCCCCCGGGAGCGACUCAUCUUCAAGGAGAAGCUGGGAGAAGGGCAGUUUGGAGAGGUUCACUUGUGUGAGGUGGAGAACCCUCAGGACCUUCCAAGCUUGGAGUUCCCAUUCAAUGUGCGCAAGGGGCGCCCUCUGCUGGUGGCUGUGAAGAUUCUACGCUCUGAUGCCACGAAGAAUGCCAGGAAUGAUUUCCUGAAGGAGGUGAAGAUCAUGUCUCGCCUGAAGGACCUCAACAUUGUCAGGCUGCUGGGCGUUUGCGUGCGGGAUGACCCUCUGUGCAUGAUCACGGAGUACAUGGAGAACGGCGACCUCAACCAGUUCCUCAGUGGACACGAGCUGGAAGACAAGCUGGGCGGAAGCCCCAGUGGGAGACCAACCAUUGGCUAUCCAACUCUGGUUCAUGUAGGGGCCCAAAUUGCCUCAGGAAUGGCCUUCCUCGCCUCCCUCAACUUUGUGCACCGGGAUCUUGCAACACGAAACUGCCUGGUGGGCGAAGGCUUCACCAUCAAGAUUGCUGACUUUGGCAUGAGUCGGAACCUCUAUGCUGGGGACUAUUAUCGCAUCCAGGGCCGGGCAGUGCUGCCGAUCCGCUGGAUGGCCUGGGAGUGCAUCCUCAUGGGUAAGUUCACCACAGCCAGCGACGUCUGGGCAUUUGGCGUCACCCUCUGGGAGGUGCUCAUGCUGUGCCAAGAGCAGCCCUACAGCCAGCUCACCGAUGAAGCCGUCAUUGAGAAUGCAGGCGAAUUCUUCCGGCACCAGGGCAAGCAGGUCUAUCUCUCCCGUCCUCCCACCUGCCCUUUGGCUGUCUACGAGAUGAUGCUGAGAUGCUGGGCACGAGAGGCCAAGGACCGCCCACCUUUCCAGCACCUGCACCGCUUCCUGGCUGAGGAUGCCCUCAAUAUGGUGUGAAGCGGACUGGCACUGGCCAGUGGAGGCUACACUGAGGAGUUGGGCAGCACCACAGAGACUGCUGAGGGGGCGGGCAGGAUGUGGCUUAGCAGGCGUCAGGCUGGGGAAUCUACUCUGCUGGGGUGCCUGGGGGAGCAUCUGUCUGUCUGUCCGUCUGUCUGUCCCUGGCUCAGCCUUCGUCCACCCAUUGCUCUCCAUUCACCCCUAGAUAUGUCAUUCUCUUAUCUUCUGUCUUCCCAGCGCAAUUUUCCCCUGACUAAUCUCCAGCCUCCUCGAUCCUUCAGUCUCAUGAUUCAGAACUGCCAUAUCUAUCAAACACAUUCCCCCUUCUCUAUUUUCUAGCCUUUCUAUUCAUAUAUGUACCUAGUUUCCUUCUUGGCCUAUACCUCAUUCUGUGUAAUGAAAUUCUACCUUAAUCCAAACAAUCUACCUUCCUCUAAACAAACUUUACUAGUUUCCACAUUUGACUGGGUGUCCGUUCAUUUCUACACAUAUUUUCCUCUGCAUUUUUCUCUUCUAUAUAUGUCCUUUGUAUUAUUUCUCAGUAUAUCCAGGUUCUCAAAGUGUCAGUUGAGCCUCCCUAAGAAAACAGGGGUGGUUGCUAGGUAGCUAUCCUAGAAAGCCCUCCCUAACCUCAUUCCUGCAAUGCUAAACCCGCCACAAAAUGUGUUCUGAUUGGCCCAGGAGACAGAAUGCUCAUCCAGUCACUUCUUUCUAGUCUGUUCAAGACACUGUGUGUAUGUAAAUCUGGAAAAGCUGAGUUCAGGUCUCAUCACAGCCAAAGUCCAUUAGGUGGCCUUAAGCAAGAUGCUACUCUUCUCUCAGCCUUAGCUUCUCAUCUGCAAUAACUGGGGGUAUUAAUACAGGCCUACUUUACAGGGUUGUUGUAAAGAUUACUGAGCUCAUCUAUGUAAAACACUUUUGAACACUCCCAAAUGCCAAGGAUGAACUUCAUUCUAUCAGGCCAACGUGACAAUGCUGUGAUGAUGAACAUUUGAUUCUCUUUUUUAAAAAAAAAUAAAUCCCUGACUCUUUUCUGUUAUACUCCAAAGCCGGUGGCCUUCUAAACUAUCGAGCAGCACCUCUUUCCUUGGGGACCAUGAAUCAACUGGACAGGGGGAUCUAAUAUUCUAGGGAGGUUUAGGAACAUGAGGCAGGUAUCACCUUCCUUAUCUGACCAGCUAGGAUAUGGAUGACUUUACAGCCCUCUAGCAGGGAUCCUCACUGACCCCCAAUGUCUCUUUCUCUUUGUGGAAGUGACUAUGUCCCCAUACACCCCAUCAUGCCAGCCUGAUUUGGGGAGAGCUGCUUCUGUGUCCUAAUGCUUUCUCCUUGGUGGGUGUGGUUUCAGAUGGGGCGGGAGAUGCCUUGUUCAAAUCACCUUUCUGAUUCAAGUAUCAGAUUAAUGCCCCAGUCUGCAGACAUGACGGCAUACAAGGAUCUCUUAGGAGCAGAUGGUUAGGGCUGAUUUGAGGGAGCCUGGAAAAUAAACUUUAGAAAGGGAAGGCGAGCAGCUUGAGAAACAUUGCUCUCCAACAGAUUGUGUUAGGAACAUGGUAGAGCACCUGCUUUACAUGCAGAAGGCCCCAGGUUAAAUCCCCGGCAUCUCCAGGUGGGGCUGGGAGAGACUUCUCUCAGAAACCCCAAAGAGCCACUGCCAGUCAGUGUCAACAACACUGAGCUAGAUGGAACCACAGUCUGACUCGGUGGUAUAAGGCUGAUUUCUGUGUUACUUGUGGUAGGAAUAACAGGUUCCAAAAGGCUGGGCUGGGCUCAGUGGUAGAGCACAUGGUUUCCAUGCCAAAGGUCCCAGGUUCAAUCCCUGGCAUCUCCAGGUAGACUCCACUUGGAAACGCUGGAGAGCUGCUGCCAGUGUCAACAAUACUGAGCUAGAUGGACCGACGGUCUGACUCAGCAUAAGGCAGCUUCCUUACUCCUGUGCGUUCCAUUCUCCCCUGCCAAGCUUACCCCGCUGUUGCAUUGAGCACUGGCCAUCGGCUGAAUUGUGAGUAUUACAUCUCAGAGACAUUUGGGGUGCUGGGGUCAGGAGGCUCAUGUUGUUCACUGCCACCCACACCAUGCUUUCUGGAGGCUGGCUCUUUUAACCUUUGAGAACUGUGGCUCUGUUUCAUAUAUCCUGUUCCCUUCCUCUUGUCUCUCUUACUGCCAACCCUUCCCGAGAAAGUUGUGAGGCUGGGGGCCAACACCUGAAGCUUUUAGUUGCCUCCAAUUGUUGGGGACUGCUAUUUCUGCGUUUAGAUUUCAUUCCUGAUACCUGGACUAACACUGGCUGAACAAACAGGACCCCUUUGGGUCUGAGUACACUGGGAUUAACUGAGCACUGGAUGUUUGGAGAGGCUGGAAGAAGGUACUUCAUGAAUGCAUUGUAGGCUGGGAGAACCCAGCACUAGGUGCUCAUUAGGGGAAGGGGUGGCGGGGAGACCUCUUGGUCUUAUCCGCUUUGACAAGUAAAGGAGGCAGGACACUAGGCUGGCAAGAUCCAGUCUGUCACAAAACAAGCCCUUGGGCUGGAUGCGAUCACGGCCCAACCUCAGACAGAAUUGACACUGGGUUUCCAAAAGGGCCACUGUUCCAGUCUGCCUUCACAACAGGUCACGGAUCUGUACUAGCUGGGGGGACCCAGCCCAACUCUUUGCAAAUUCAUUUUCCUUUUGUUGUUGUUGUUCCUGGAGACUUGAGGUGACAUGAUUGUAGCUACUGAACUGUACAAAGCGGUGGGGGAAGGGAUGCACUUUUCCAAAGCAAGCAGAGCUGUUGGGGAAUGGAUCUGGUGUUUGUUUUUCUUCCUUUCUGCGAUUCCAUUAUGGAGAUGCCCCCGAGAAAGUAACCUGAAAAUCAGCACCACAGUCAUGCUUGCAGCAGUGGAAUCUGUGUACAUACAAGCCUGUGCAUAGCUCUGUGCUAAAUCAGGUGUCUGAACAGGCAACUCCUAACAGAUAACCAAUGCAAUAAGUUUUGCCAUUGCCAGUACCCUGUUUAGUGAGGAGAGGAAAAUAUUAUUUGUUUGGUUUCCUAAUAACAGCAAAAACAAAACAAUUUUUCAUCGAUUGAAAGCAGUCCUGUUUCAUCAAGUAUUUUUCAGAAUGUAAAGCUUGUUUUUAAAUGGAUAGUUGUAGAAAGCAGUUUAAAGGUUGGGGAUUUUCACAGCAGCUGCUCAAAAUGUUCUAAAAUAAUUAGUGCUUUCUGUACCUUGUAUUUCAGCUUUUGGCAGGCACACUUUAUUAGAAGAUAAUCAAGAGAAAACAAAAAAGGCAAUUAAGUUAUGAUGGGCAGUGCAAUCCUGUGUAUUUACUCAGAAGCUCCGUUGUGUUCAUUGGGUCUAAGUCGGGAUAAACAGGAUCGCAGCUUAAACCCCGUCCCAUUGUUUUCAUUGGGGAUAUACACCACAAUCCUAAAAUGUUCAAUCAGGAAAUGUUCAAUCAGUAAGCUGAAUGGGGUUUUCUUCUAAGUGAGCUUAUGUAGGAUUGUAGCCUUAGCUGUGACUUUUUACUUAACAAGGAAAAACUAAUUUUUUUUAAAAAAAAUUUCAAUUGUUUGAAAUGACUCAUCAUAACUAGAUGUAUAUUUUUAUUUCAGGGGCACAUUAUGCCCAUAAUUACUUCGAUUCACUGCCUCCAUGCUUCCCUGCCGGAUACCCUUUUUUUGUGUUUUCCUGGGGAAUACUUGUAGCUCUUUGUGUUUGUAUUGUGCAUCAAGAUGUGUAUAUAUUUGAAGAGCAGGAGAAAAAAAUACAGAUUUUUUUACACUAAUAUAUAGAUGUUUGGGGGGUUUUUUUUAGUCCUUUCCCUUUAUGUGGUGAAUAAAAGUGCUUUGCAUUUUGUACA